AUGAAGUUCGCCCUUGUCCCCGUGGUCCUGGCUGCCGCCGUUGCCGCCACCCCGAUCAAGAUCAUUGAGGAUGUUACCCACAUCAUCGGCUGGCACAAGAAGGGCUCCGGAAACAAGCAGGGCUGGGGUUCUUCCGGUCCCUUCCACUUCACCUCAACCUACCACGUGGUCGCGACACCUGACCAGGUCGUCGACAACAACAACACCGCCACCGGCGGCCUGGCCGGUGCCUUCGGCUACUUCAACUACGGCAUCAACUCCCAGGAGGAUGUCAUCUGCUACAACAUCACCCUGGUGAACUUCCAGGGCGAGUACCAAUCACCUGCCCUGACCGCCACCCACAUCCACGAGGGGCAAAAGGGCCGUGCCGGUCCUCCUCGCAUCGCAUUCCCCAACCCCCAGCCUGUUGAGGGCACCGAGAACGUCCGCCGCAGCAUCGGAUGCUUGUCCGGGCCCUUCCGCACUGGCGUCAACGCCACCGGCACCCAAACCGACAACGGUGAAGGAUUUGAGGUCCGCCAGAUCGAGGAGGACCCGUCCAAGUUCUUCACUGAUGUUCACUCGAGCCUGGCUGUCCCGGGUGCUGUUCGUGGUCAGCUCAGCGACGGUGCCAACCGCAACUGCGACUAA